UGCCACCAGGAGGUCCUGAGAUGGUGCCUGCAAGCUGCCUGCCAGAGAGCCUGGCACACAGUGGGCCCUUAAGACAUAGGGGUACUUAUUGUUAUGCGACAGCCAGGGUGGGGUGGGGGUGGGGAGCUGGUUAUGAAUCAGAGGAGUGGGUGGCUGUGCCUCCUGUCAUGGAGGGGACUUCAGCAGGGGGCUUGGGCCUGUGCCCCUCUGUGCCAUAAUGCUGAGUGACUUGGUAUUUCUUCUUAGGAGUUUCCAUGGCUUUCUUGCUUCUUCUGGUGCCAUAGGAGCAGUUUUGGCCUGGCUGAUAAGCUUUAAACCAGUCCUGCUUGGCUUCCUCUUCCUUCUGCUAUUGCUCAGCAACUGGCUGGUCAAACAUGAACUCCGUCAGGCUCCUUCCCAUUCCCGGACGGGUAUUGUCCUUGAACGGCUGUUGUUCAAUGAGAUGAAGCUGAAGGUCUUGGAAAAUCAGAUGCUCAUCAUAUGGAAUAAAAUGAAUCGGCAGCGUCGCCGGUGGAGCAGCAGACACCAGAACUUCUCCAGGAGGCUGCACAGGACAAGAAGGAAUGGCUCUGCUUUCUCCAUCAUCUCUAACUAUGCUACCAAUAGCCCUAGUGAAUGUAAUUGAAAUGGGAUAGCCUCUACUGAUGUGAUCUUCA